UCAGACGCGCGCACAACCUCACGCUCGCUUGCCAUGGGGUCCAACUACAAGGAGAUCAACAUGGUCAUCUCGUCCAGCGGGGACCCCAAGGACCCCGAAAAGGCCCCGGCCUUCCUUUUCGACCCCGAGGAGAAGCGGCCCCUCAGCUCCAAUUCCGAAGCCGCCUCCGACACCACCUCCGCCUCCGGGGACAUCCCCAUCGGUCAAAUGCUGCCACAGGUGAUGGCAGCGAUUUCGGUGUCGCUGGGCUCAAUGAUCGUCGGUUUCGCAUCGGGCUACACGGCACCCGCCUUGGUAAAAAUGCAAGAGGACAACAGCACCCUGACCGUGACCCCUGAAGACGAGUCGUGGAUCGUGAGUCUGAUGCCGCUGGCCGGCUUGUUGGGCGGAAUCCUCGGCGGUCCUCUGAUUGAACACGUCGGGCGUCGCUCGACCAUUCUCGGAACGGCACUUCCUUUCAUUAUCUCAUUUCUCCUGAUUGGUUUCGCGCAAAACGUUCUAAUGGUCAAGAUGGGCCGCGCUCUCGGCGGUCUGUGUGUCGGCAUUGCCUCGCUCUGCCUGCCCGUCUACCUGGGCGAAACUGUCCAACCUGAGGUCAGGGGCACCCUGGGCCUCCUACCCACCGCCCUUGGUAACAUAGGUAUUUUGGUUUGUUACGUGGCUGGAAAAUAUCUGAGUUGGUCCAACCUGGCCUUCAUGGGUGCCUGUCUACCGAUACCUUUCACAAUAGGAAUGUGUCUCAUCCCAGAAACACCCAGAUAUCUCAUUUCAAAAGACAAACAAAAGCAGGCCCGCAAAGCGUUGCAGUGGCUGCGAGGCCCGGACUGCGACAUUACGAGUGAACUGAGCGAGAUCGAGCGUUCGCACGCGUCCACCCAAAAGGAGGCGCCGCGGCUGAGCGACCUGCUGGCCAGGGCCAACCUGCGGCCGCUCGGCAUCAGCGUCGGCCUCAUGGUUUUCCAGCAGUUCUCAGGCAUCAACGCCGUCAUCUUUUACACCGUGUCCAUUUUCCGCAUGGCCGGCAGCACCGUCGACGACAACCUGGCCGCCAUCAUCGUCGGCGUCGUCAAUUUCGGCUCCACCUUCGUCGCCACGCUGCUCAUCGACCGACUCGGACGCAAAGUGCUCCUCUACGUGUCCGGCGCCACCAUGGCCGCUACCCUCACCGCCCUCGCCACGUUCUUCUACAUCAAGCCGAUUUUGGGCGACGAACUGGUGGCCCUGUUGGGCUGGCUGCCGCUGGGCUGCUUCGCCCUGUUCGUGAUUGGAUUCUCCCUGGGCUUCGGCCCCAUCCCCUGGCUGAUGAUGGGCGAGGUGCUGCCGGCCAAGGUCCGCGGCACGGCCGCCUCGGUGGCCACGGCCGUCAACUGGUCGUGCACUUUCCUCGUCACCAAAACCUUUCCCCUGCUGGUGCAGGUGGCCGGGAUUCACGGCGCCUUCGCCCUCUUUGGCGCCUGCUGCGUCGCGGCCCUUUUCUUUGUCCGCUUCUGCGUCCCGGAAACGCGCGGCCGCAGCCUCGAGGACAUCGAGAAGAGCCUCACCGGACGCCGCGUCCGACGAAUGAGCAGCAUCGCCAACCUCAAGCCUCUGCCCUUCGGCGCCUGAUCCUCCGCCUGCUUCAACCCGCUCCUCGCCCUCGCCACCAACGUGCGUCUUCGCCCCGUUCAAAAGAAGACCCUUUCUUAAUCGACUCCGAAUUGUGCCACAAAAGGCGCCACUGUUGACUUCAACCAAUUUCAAGCUACAUUCACAGUUAGAAAUCUAAAAUGAAAACAAAUUUUUAAGUUUUUUUUAGGCAAAAUUUAAAUCGAAACUUUAAAGGGACAAAAACAUUCCAUUAAAGCAAAAUGGCGGCUGUCACUGCAAAGGCAUUAUCUAGUAAUUUGGAAUAUCUUGAAUUGAAAAUAAUUAAAAAUUUAGCGACUGAAAUCGAGAUAAAAAAAAUUGAACUUAUUGUAGGAUGGUUCAGACUUUCCCGCCAUUAACAUUUGAACUUGAUUGAAAUCACUGAAUUAAGCAAAUUAAUAGUCGAGACCUAGCGAUCUAAUUAACUCCCUUAAUUUUAAAUUGCCUUUGGAGGGAAAAGUUAAACCUUCAACAAAUACCGCUUUCAAUGUUUCAUAGGAAAAAAAAUUCUGAUUUGAUUUUGAUUCCAGGAUUUAAAUUUUGCCUUCUUUUUAAUUUAAGAUCAUUACUAGAGAGGCACUUUAAAGGGUAUUUUUUUAUUUGGAAAUUUAUUUUAAAUCUUCCAAACUGACAGAUGAAGAAUCUCGCACCGUAUCCAUUUUUCCACCCACCCAUCGAAUAUAAUCAUCACGGGCAAACGUCACUAAGUGAGCUUGAGAACAUUUUUUAGUGAGAAAAAACUUUCAGUGCGUGGCCGAAAGAUACUCAUCGGCGGCGACUGACAAGAAGUGACAAAAAGUCGCGUCCGCCGUUACACGUAUUGCGUAGUGUUUAAGCAUAAUAAUUUAUCUCCCUCUCUCUCCCCUUAAGUGUUAAGAAUACCUUUGAUAGCUAUUUUUGUAAAUAUUUAAUUGUAAUCGAGCAGGAAGUUUGUAAUAAAAUGAUCAACUUGAAUAAAAAGACAAGAGCCAGUCACAAAGUCAGA